AUGUUGCGUAACUACUUGAAGUUGAAUGCGGCGAACAGUCCGUUUCGGAGAAGCUGCGAUACUCGGGACCUUGACCAGUCAGAUGUGAGGGAGACGUUGCAGAACGACGUGUUCUUUUCUCUUCUUGUCUUCAUCGACAAUAUGCCCGAGUCCUGCGAGGUCUGCUCGUCGGAACCAUCCAAAUAUCGUUGUCCGACAUGUGCUCUCAUGAGUUGCUCCCUCGCCUGUACCCAGUCGCAUAAGAUUUACUGCGCUCCCAAGGCUACACCUUUGAACGAAGACUCGAAAGCGACAUCCACGACCGCCACUGCUCCUACUCCCUUACACAACGGCGACACGGCCCCAGAUGUCGCAGGAAACGCAACAAGCAAGAACAAUGAGACCUCUUCUGCUGGUAUAGCCGCUUCACCGGAGCUUCAAGCGCUACUGUCCCGCUAUCCCCAGCUCCGCAGCCAGUUGCACGAAAUAUACCAGGCAACACAGGAAGAGGAAUGGCAAGAAUGGUAUACACCUCCUACGAGGGGCCGGCCCUACGGCCGGGGAGGUCGAGGCCCCUCUCGCCGGAGUCGAGGCUCAUGGACGACGGAAAAGGGAUUCAACCGCGGCUUAGGCAAAGUGCGGAAGCUCCGACAAGAUUGUGAAGGAGGGUCUGAAGUUGGGGUCAAAGCAGAUGCUUUUAUGGAGUUUUUGGCGAUCGUGAAUAAGGACCGCCAGGCUCAGCCUCAAUUGCCUGAGUGA